CACGGGUCAAGAUUCUCUUUACUCGGCAUGAGCGCCCCUUGAACAGGCACGAGGUUAGAUAGAUGCACACCACACACUGCCUCCUCUGCACUUGGUGAACCUAUACGCAUGGCGGUGCCAAGGCAGCAGGUACAUGGUGGACUCAGCUCAGGACUCAAGUGGCCUGUGGGAAUGAUGGUAGCGGGCACGUCACUGCUUGCAUCAACCCUGCUGCGCGUGUGUCCUCAGCGUCGGACACGAGCAAACGCUCUUUGGAGAGAGAUCUGUUUGACCCGAUGCGGUGUCCAAUUCAGGCACCCGUACCCUCGACAUAUACACGUAGCACAACAACAUCGAUCAGCAAGCACACGCGCGGACGCCGUGGCUCAUGCGUCCCGGCCCGAGCUUUCUACAGCUAUAGGUAAGUUUGGGCUCCGCUGUAGGGCCGAGGGUCACAGAACGUGGGCGCCGGUUGGGAUUGCAAGGAUAUACAGGAAAUCGCGAAUUUUGAAUGAAGCAUAUAGGAUGGCCAAGGGUCAAAGCACGUACAUGGAAAUGAGAUCAAUGAUUGGUAUAGGAGCGGCGCCAAGCAAGCCAGCCCCGCGUCUCGUGAAUUGGCGAUUCCUAUAUGAAGCUGCUGUAGGAGACCCAUGCAGAUGAUCCGUCAGACGCUCGAGUACUCAUGUCGUGCCGCUUUCGUGACUCCGACAUCGU